AUGGUUGCUCCGACAACAGAACAGCUAUCAGCUUUGGCUGCAACUACUAUCAGUAUGGCACCAGAUUCCGAUCACCACGCUCGAGCAGUCUCCCGCAACACUAACAAGCGAGUGAUAGGCGUUCUUCUAGGACAGGACAACGGCAAAACGAUAAAUGUUGCCAAUUCCUUCGGUAUUCCAUUUGAGGAAGAUGAGAAGGACAGUAAGACGUGGUUUUUGGAUCAUAAUUACAUCGAAGGAAUGUAUGAAAUGUUCAAAAAGGUCAAUGCGAAGGAAAGACUGAUUGGAUGGUACCACACUGGACCGAAGCUGCGAGCUUCAGAUCAGGAAAUCAAUGACCUUUUCAAGCGAUUUAUUGCCCGACCGAUAAUGGUCAUUGUUGACGUGCGGCCAGAAACAGUGGGUAUACCAACAGACGCCUACUUUGCUGUCGAAGAGAUCAAAGAUGACGGCACCGAAACGCGCAAAACGUUCCUCCACUGUCCAUCCGCAAUCGAAGCCGAAGAAGCUGAAGAAAUCGGUGUCGAGCAUCUCCUACGAGAUAUCAAGGACUCCACAACAACCACUCUCGCCACUCGCGUCAGCGAACAACUAUCUUCUCUCCGCGGUCUGCAAUCGCGUCUCAGCGACGUACAAAAAUACCUUGCCGAUGUCGCGGCAGGAACUAUGCCUGUAAACCACCAGAUCGUGUAUCACUUACAAGACGCGCUCAACCUCCUUCCCGAUCUCGCCGACGCAGACACGACACAGAGUUUCGCAACGAGCACGAAUGAUGAGUUGCUGGUAGUGUAUUUGAGUAGUCUGCUGAGAGCGGUGAUAGCGUUGCACGCGUUGGUCGAUAAUAAAGCGACGAUUGGCAGGGCAGAACUGGAGGAAGACGAGAAAGAGAGGAAGCCUGGAGGAAAAGGAGAGAAGAACGACACGAAGAAGUCAGAAGAUAAAGAUUCAUCAAAAGGAAGUAAAGUAGAUGUGGAUGCCAAGGACAAGGGUUUAUAG